UUGUUAUUGUGCAUGGAUACCGACGCUUUUCAUGAAACUACUAUUUAGCACAUUAUUUGCAUGGUUUAUUUUAUAUUUGGAGUUUUUGAAGAAAUGUUCUAAUGGUGCUACAGAAUGGCAAGUAGUGUUGAACCAACAUCACGCAUAGGUGUGACCUUGGACUUGAUACUGAAGACAUUGAUAGCUUCAUCAGAUUUCAACCUUCUGCCGGUUAAAAACUGGGAGGCCAUUUCUAGAUUGAUCCCAGGAACAUCUCCCAAACAGUGUGCACGAAGGUAUGAAGAACUUUUAGCCAGUCACGGUGGCCCAUGUUUCUCUCACUUUGGCAAAACGUAUGAAGUCCAGAACCAAAACAGUAACUCUCAGAUCAGUCUGUCGGGUUCUGACAAUAGCAACAAAUCUAAUUCCAGUCGACCAGGAUCUGCAGUGCACAAAGGUUCAAAAGAAGAAAGAGAUUCUGGGUGGCAGUAAAGGGCAGGUUGGCAGUAAGGAGCAUGGAGAUCAUGGUCCCAUCAUGGUAAUUCAUGUUUGUGAUGAAGCUAAAAAUUUGAAGAAAGAUUUCAACUGUCCUAGAGACUUGCUGGUAAAGGAGAUGAAAUAUUUUGCUGAAUAUCUUACAACCGACGCCCAGCGCUGGGAAGAAGUCGACAUUUCCGUUCACUGUGAUGUACAGAUCUUUGAUUGGCUACUGAAAUAUGUCAAAAGAUCUUUAAAUGAAGUGUCGGAGAAACCAAAACUUGAGCCUAACAAUGUUGUGUCAAUCCUGAUCUCAUCUGAUUUUCUCAAAAUGGAUAUACUGGUUGAUGAGUGUAUUGAGUAUUGUCAUAAGAACCUGUCUGCCAUUGUGAGCACCAACUGCAAUAUGAAUUGCAUCAAUGACAAACUGGUCACUCGUAUUGCUGAACUUUUUAAUCACAAUGAAGCUGAUGACCUCAAAGACAGAAAGGAUAAGUUCAAAAGUAAACUGUUUGCAAAGAAACUGGAAAAGCUUUUUGAUCCUGACCACAUCACCUCAGAUUCACCAGAAAAUGCUGCCACAUUGUUCAGGUGUUCUGUCUGCAAGCGUUUGCUCACUGCAAAAUCAGAACAGCAUGUGAAAUGCAUGCCAAGCAGAAUGACGAUUGACAAAAGAGGACUGCUCAUAUUUUGUCAUAUAAAAGACAACACAUUUGACGUCAACGACUUUCUCCUCGAUCUCAAAGCUCAGCUUAAGUUUUGGAGAGACGUGUACUGGCGCGUGUGGGGGACCAUUAAUUUCUUAUCGUGCAGUCGAUGUGACGAGAAGUUCCCACUGACGGAGUUCACUCACUGCAAGUACCACCCCGAACCUCCUCGGUACGAGAAUGACGUUGGAUCGGUGAAAUCAUGUUUUGGUAUCUAUCCAUGCUGUCAGCAAAAGACUAUACGCUUUGAUCCUACACAGCUGAACAAGGGAUGCCGGGUAAAAGAUCACAUUAUCAACUUGACAGAGGUGACAUCUGCUGGUGAUAUGGAAAUGACUAAAUUACCACAGCAUAAGGUUUACGAUGACCUGCUAGCUCAUAGGGACGUAAUCUGUGUGUCAUAUCAAAGACUGUCAGAUGCCAGUUGUUCAGAAUUAGAUGUGUUUGAGAAUGAAGCAUUUGUAUGUCGGACCAGAUCUUCGGGAGUUAAAGUAUCUCUGAUGUCCUCAGCAGAAGAUGAUGGCAAGAAAAGUGAGGCCAAAAGACCACAGCCAACACUGCAUGCUCUGACUGUAGAGAAAGAAGUUUCCUUUGAGACCGACGAGUUCGGAUUUGGAGAGAGUGAUGAUGAGAUUGGUGAUGAGGAGUCGCAGAAGGGAGCAGGAAAGAAAACUCGAACUACCAAGAAAUCAAGAGUGACCAUAGAUCCACAAGCAAUAUUAGUUGACGCUCCAGGAUUCGAGCAAACCAAAAAAUCUACCUGGGAUACCCAGAGAUCUAUGAGAUACAACCAAGAUGCCCAGAGGCAAGAAGACCACCGACGAAUGAAUGACAUACGACUUUACUUAACUAAACUCAGACUGAACCCAGAUAAGAUAGAAAAACCCAGAAAAGAGUAUUCAGGAGGUAUUUUCAGCAAACUUGAGGCUCAGUGGAAAGCCAGCGCUGUUCCACAACCAACCAAGCAAGUUGGUCAGCUACCAUUGAGACGAGCAGCCUCCGGACCUCUUCCACAAAGACGACCUAUCUCUUGUAAUAUUAGGCCCUAGUUUCCACGAGGUCCAAACCACGGACAACUCUGAUGCGAACAUCAUUUUCUUGAGGACCCAACUGCUGAGGAAACCAUAGUAACCAAUUAAUCAUGACUGUGACUAUUUAUUGAUCCUGCAGUUGCAGAACAGUUUACUCCUAAUCAAAUGAAGCCAGGUGUAUGAGACCUGCAAAGGGUUCUGUGAUAAUGACUUGUUUUAUGUGUGACUUGUGUGUCCUAUUAGGCUUUUGUUGCAUUAUAAUUCCUUUUUUUUUUAUAUAUAUACAAGGCAUUUUUAGUUUUUUGUUGUUCAAAUGGUUUACUGUACCCUAACAAGCAUUUAACAGUGUCUCAAUUGGAAUGCAUUUUAUUAUUUUUGUAGGUUUCUUUUUGUUAUUUAUUUUAUAUCAGGGGAAAAAUUAUUACAAAAGAGGUAAAUGUAAUUAUAAAAGUGAAAAAGUAAACGUUUAAAGUUAGUUUGGUUUCUUUAAUGAUAGCACUAGAGUGCAUUGAUUUAUUAAUCAUCAGCUAUUGGAUGUCAGACAUUUGGUAAUUUUUGACAUGAAAUCUUAAGAGGAAACCUGGUGCAUUUUUCCAUUAACAGUAAAGGGAUCUUUUAUAUGCACUUUCCCACAGAUGGCACAGCACAUACCACAGUUUUUAAAAAGUAAGUGGUGGCAAUGUCUAAAUGUCAUUCAGCUUACAGCAAAUAAAUCUUGUAAGUGCUAUCAAAAAUCGUAAAGGACAUGGUUGUUCACCUCAUUUUUAUAUUUAUAUUUUGUACCAAUCAUUCCAAAUUUUAAAUUAUCAUGUUCUCUUGAAAAGAAUAAUUUGGUGAUCUUCCGGGUUAAAGGUUCAGCACACAACAAUUACUGGUGAUUAAUUUUCCAGGCAUCAGAGGUUAAGGUUGCUGACUAAAUCCUAUUUUUUCUUGAAUUUAUUUUGAAGCACAUUGAUUUACUAUGGAUGUUUUAUAUGCACCAUCCCACAAACAGGAUAGCACAUGCCACAGCCUUUGAUAUACAAUUUUUUCUUGAAAAACCUAUUGACCUAAUAAAUGCAUGGAAAGUACUUUAUGCUAGUUAAUUUAUGCUAUGCAAAAUGCCUUUUGACCGAAUCAUUGUUAAUAAUUCCUUCAGGGCCCAUGCUUAUAAAACUGUAGUCCAGACUCAAAUCUCUAAUGACAUCACAUUUAUAAAAUGUGUAUGGUAUUGCCAUCAUGGCAUUAAAGUCUCAGACUGUUAGUGUUGAGUCUAAACUCUAAACGUUUUAUAAGCACUUCCUUGUUGCUAUGUUUUGGCAUCCUAGUGAACUGAUUAGUUUACCCACUAAUUGUGUCACAGGGGCAGAUCCAAGCUUUUUCUUGAAAAGAGGUAAAGCUCAUAAAAGGGCACAUGUUGUGAUGUCUUCUUGCCUCCGCCUGCUACCGACCAUGGUCGGGCUGCUGAUGCUCCCUUGCACCUGCCAGUGCAGGCGGUCCCUCCUCUCCCCCUCCCCCUCCCCCACCUUUCCUGUCCUGGACGUAGGAGCUCUUUAGCUCGGCCGGCUCUUGUGCCCAGGACAGGCAUGCGCUACAACAGCUUGCUCUGAAUGUGCACGAAAAGCCCUAUGACCUGACCUGACCUGAUGUCUUCUUCUUUUCCUUUUACCCUUUGGAAAUGUAGGACCUUGUAGUGGGGAGCAUUAAAACUCGUUAAAAAUGAACUUGGGGCAGGGAGGGGUUGGGUUUAUAAUUAUGUAUGCAGCUCUCCACAGUGCAUUUCCUGUUUUUGAUUCUGAUAUGAUAUGAUAUGAUUUCAAAAUUGUACAUGUACAUUACAUAAUUUUCAGCUAAAGAAUUCGAGGUCAGCAGAGAUCAGAAGCAAUAUUAGGCUAUUGUUUACAGUUAUUCUGUUCGGUCAUCCCCCCUCCCCCCACACACACACACCAAACAAAAGCCAACUUGGCAUUUUAUUGAUGGGGAUUGUUUUUUGUAAGUUGAUCAUACAUUCAUUCUAUUUUGGGGUUUUAUUAGGCUCUUUCUGUCCUUAACCAGUUGUACACCCCACUCCCUACACCCCACCCCACACCUUUGGAUCUGUCACUGAUAUUAGACCUGAUGACUAUGUUGGUUCUGUGUCCUGCUUUCCAUAGAUUCUCUGUGAAUGUGUAAACUUUAUUAACUUGUGUGAAAUAAAGUAUGCAAGUCUU